UCCGUUGGACUGUCUGCGGCGGUACAUCUGUUAAAAAAUACAGUUAUAAAAACUCGAAAGGUAAUAACCGUCAGCCGUGUUGGCAACGCUUCCCGCGUUUGAUUUUUUUCUUGUUACUUUGACUAAUUAGUGAGGCGCUUUUUGAUAAACGGCUGCCCAAGGAAUUCGCAACAAUAAGGCCGCGUCCUCAUCCCCGGUCUCACGUACAAGAGCCUUACAUUUUCAGACAGCAAUGGGGGACACAGGGAGUGAACGGAGCAAGCCACCAAGUAUACCUCCGCGCUGCCCUUGUGGGUUUUGGGGGUCAAGCAAAACCAUGAACCUCUGCUCCAAAUGUUUUGCUGACAUCCAGAAGAAACAACCAGAUGAGGACUGCACAACGGAGCCCGCCUCCAGCUCCAGCAAUAGCCAGUCAGCAGUCUUGUGUAGUGAGACAAGCAGCAGCAGUAGCCAAUCCCUGUCAGCGGCAACAGUCAGCUUAGAGGAGCCCUUGUCAGAAGGCACAGCUCUGCCUGCACGUGAUGGUAAGGAAAGGGGUGUCUGUAGCACAGACACAGCCCAUGGCACACUGUCCACUCACACAAAACGGCCCUAUGACUCAGCCUCAGAGUCAGAGAGCGAGGCAUCUCCAGAGAAACGUGUGAGAGUAGGUGAACCCUCAUGUUCAGACGAGUUGGCCUGUGGCUCCAAGCAGAAGAACCGCCGGCGUUGCCAUCGCUGCCAGACCAAACUAGAACUGGUGCAACAGGAGCUGGGAUCCUGCCGCUGUGGUUAUGUGUUCUGCAUGUUACACCGGCUUCCAGAGCAGCAUGACUGUCUUUUUGACCACCUGGGUCGCGGACGUGAGGAGGCUGUGCUGAAGAUGGUCAAACUGGACCGCAAGGUGGGACGCUCCUGCCAGCGGAUUGGCGAAGAGUGCUCCUGAACCAACAGAGGAAGAGGAGAACAGAACACACACAGAGAACAUGAAUACCUUUCCCCUCUCUCCCCAAGUCUGAGCCCUCAAUACUGUCAGCCCUCCAACUCAGCCAGUGCAACGAUUUUACCAUGUAUGAAAGCCCGUCUGCUGUCCCUGUCUACAGUGGGCCAUCCACUCCUCCCCCCACACCCACAGACACACACAGCCUGGUGCUGGCACCCAGUUCCCGAAAACUCCAGAGAAUCCCACUGGCCAUAAUUUGUUGACCUCUUUAUAAGCCCAAGUCUUGUCUCCAUCACACACACCUGCUCAGUUGCAUGUUUCCUCUUCUGCUGCCUCUCCCACCAUAGAAGAUUCCUUAUCCAGGCCACAGGUUAUUCUCAGUCCAUACCCCACCUCACAUUAAGGAUGUGGAACAGCUGGAGGAUUUGGUGUAGAUCUUCACCCUAUUCUCAUAUCACACUGUCUCCCUCCACUGUAACCUCCACUGGGCAAAACAACUCAUGUUUUGGCUGUGUGCAGAGAUGGAUAACUGAGUAGACCAUCAGUAGCCUCCAGCAAAGUGCAGAUGGAUGGUUGGACAGACUAAUGAAGCUUCAUACCCUUGUGUGUACUUUUAAAUUUGAAAGGCUUUGUGUGAAGUCAUUCAUAUGACGUAGCACACCUACGCACACACAGUUGUGAGAGCAGCAGCUCUCCAGGGAUAAGGUUUGUCCUUUGUCCUGUUCACACUCUGUCCUGACACUCACACACAAACACUCAGUUUCUUUCACACAGUGCAGACUGUGUUUGGAGGAUGUGGAUGCAGACUUAGUGAAUUAGUACCCACUGGACCCUUAGCUCUGCUGGAGAAAGGCCCAUCACAGCUUUAAGGGGUCCCAGGCCCUCAUGGUAGCUGAAGUUUAGGUUUGGUUGUAUUAGCUGUGUAUUUGUAUUUGGUUGUAUUAGCUAUGGAAUGACUGAGUUUCAAACCUCAGCUCCCAGGAGUUCCCUGUGAAAUACUGAGUGUGCAGCUCUUUCUGUUGGAAGCAGCCCAGACCUCUCAGUGGAACCCCUGUUUCUCCCUCUCUCUGCCCGGGCUCUCACACACUUAGUGUCUCUCUAUCUCUCUCACCCAUGUCUGGAUGCAUUAAUCUCUCUCCCUUGUGCUCUCUCUGUUCUCACUGCCUCUACUGAACCACUCUCUUUCUUUCUAUUUUCUUUUUUUCUUUCUUUUGGGUACGAGCGAGGGUCAAGGAGAAUGUGCUUAAGGACACAGACGAGGGGCAAGGCAGAGUGCUGCACUUGCCAGCACUUUUUUACUUUUGAGUGUUUUCUUUUUUGAGUUAUUGACAUGGACAAAAACUGAAGAAGAGAAUUAUCCUGCAUUGAAAGGUAUACUUAUUUAACCCUCUUUGUGUUUUUGGAUUAACGGUCACUCUAGAGUAGAGAGCAGUUCUUUUCCUUUGUAGGUUAACAUUGUU